GACCUAAACUAUCUUGCUUCAUCAUCUCAAACAAAAACCCUUGGCUCCACCUACAACUUUAUCCAUGUCGAUUAAGAAAACCUUAAAGGAGGCAAAAGACGCUCUUUCAGCCAAAGACCCCGAAACCGCCUUAGGGUUCGUGGACCAGGCUCUCGAAGAAGACCCACAGAACUACUUUGCCAACGUAUUUGCCGGAAAAUGCCAUGAGUUGAUGAAGAACUACAGGCUUGCGUGUCACUACUACAAAAUUGCCACCACCAUAGAGCCUGAUAACCUCCUCUGCUGGAAGGGGUACUUUCUUCUUGCAAAGAGCAAUCACUCGAUUCCGCACUUUGACGACAAGAUGAGCUUUACCGACAAAUACCGCAUGUUUUUUGAGGUGACAGAGAAGUACCUCCAGGCAUUAAUCAACAACCUGGAGCCGUUCACUGAAGUUGUGCGCGAGUUCGAGUUGUAUCUCAAAAAGUGCGAAAAAGAUGCCGACUACGACGAUUUGUAUGAGUACUACUUGACCAAGAUCGUGCCAGGGAGCACAUUAUACGAUCUCUGUGGCUCGUUGCUCGGUUCGCCUGAGCGUAAUUUGCACAAAUUGGUAGCUGAGGUGUUGGUACCGCGCGAGAAACAGCAGGUGUCGCGGCUCUACGCGCGCGAGAAGGUGAAGUACUCGCUCCACACGACAGGCACGGAAUUAAACAAGUUGAACGAGCACAUCUGGGAGCUGGUGCUUAGAAAAUCGACCGUUGGGGAAAGGUACGCCAUGUUGAUCAGCAUUUGCGAUUCUGACGAGGAAAGACGGGCGUAUGAGCACGAAUAUUUGCAGUACCAGUACGAGUUUUUGAUCAAGUACGCCCCCGUGUCGAACAGUGUGCAGAAGCGGUUGCAGGCUGAGAUCUGGACCAUGGUCGAGGGCAUGGUUGUUGUUAAUCACACAUCCUUACUUGCCUGGACCAUCUACUGGGACUGGUGCGACCCCGUGCGGUUGAGCGAUCUUCCUCCGAGCUACCUUGCGAACUACCUCCAGAUGUACGGUGAUGAGGGCGUGGGGAUCAUCUUGUACGCACUCGUGAUGAGCGACAUCUCCACUUUCGACAAGGCCCAGAUCUUGAAUUUGCAGACGGAAAAGCAGAAAAAGGAGGUCAGGUGUAAGCGGAAAUUGAGAAAGAGUCAGAAGCAAAGGGAAGAAAAGGAAAAAGAGCAGGAGGGUGAUAAGGAUGACGAGAUGGAAGCGGCUUUCGUUGAGGAAGAGGAAGUUGACGUGGACAAGGUGACCUUAACUCAAGAAGAGGUAUUGGUGCUCUUGCUCGACGGCUAUAGCAAGGCUUCCGGCUCUAUUCUUGCGAACCGGAUUGUUUCCUCCUACUACAUCCACCUCAAGGAGUUUGCCCCGGCAUUGGAGAAAACGCGCAAUGCCAUUAGCUUACUCGCGGCAAUGUCGCGCAGCUUCGGCUUGGAGCUCGCACACACGAAGGAGGAGAUGCUCGUUAACCUAGGCACCAUUUACACGUUCUACGAGGCGCCAAAGAAUUUUUCCAAGGCGAUGCAGAUCUUCGACAAGGUGUUGGAGACUAAUCCAUCAAAUAUGGAUGCGCGUGUGGGCAAGGGGUUCAUUUUGAUUGAGAACAAGGACCUCCAAAGUGCCAUGGCGUUGUUUGAGGACGUCAGUCGCGAGUACCCUGAAAAUCAUACUGCAUUGUUGGAGCUUAGUUGGUGCAAGAUCAAGUUUGGUCGCUACCAAGAGGGCCGGGACGGGUUGUCACGGUCUUUAGAAACGGUGCUGGGGACAGAUUUGUACUCUUACGAGCGCCGUGCCAUUAUCAACUGGCGCCUUGCUGAAAGCUACAUGCUCGAGGCGCAGGAGGACCCGUCGCUAAGCGAGGAGUACUCCCAAACUUCCUACAACUACCUAAUCAUCAGUUUGAAAUCACUGAAGAACUAUGCCCCGGCAUACACCUCGCUUGGAGUGUUGUACCAAGACUUCUACAGGGACACCAAGCGUGCCACCAAGUGUUUCUACAAGGCCUUUGAGUUGGACGCGGGAGAGGUGGUCUCCGCGCACUACUUAGUGGAGGCAUUCUCCCGGGACGCAGAGUGGGACACUGCGUCUAUUUUGUCAGACAGAGUGGUGGCGUCGGAGAAGGCCAGACGCGCCUUGCUCGUGUUGUUCCAACUGGAUCCGUCGUGGCCAUACCGCGUACUUGGGGUGGCUUGCUUGGAGGCUCAAGACAACGCCAAGGCGAUCGAGUGGUUCCAGUCCUCUUUGCGGUUGAACCCGAACGAUAACGAAUCGUGGAUCGGCUUGGGUGAAGCCUACACUGGCUGUGGCAGGCUUGAAUCCUCUAUCAAGGUGUUUAACCAUUCGUUAACCUUGGACCCGGCCAACUGGCACACUCAGUACUUGCUCGGUGUCGCGUUGAACAGGAUCGGGGAGCACGCUGAGAGUGCGGUGCUCUUGCGAAAGCUCUUGGUACUGGGGGACCGCCAUUGUGCGCUCACCGCGUUGUACGAGACGUUGCUCGCUACGGCCAGUCACUAUAUUGCUGGUGGCUUCUUUGGCCGAGCCAUCGACGCUGCGCUUGAGUGCACAGACAUACUCGUAGAGGUCUUGACCGUCGAUAACCAGUCCCAAGCUGCAUGGAAGGCGUUGGCUGACGUCAUUAACAGCUUCUUGAGCAUUCAGGAGCACUUGCUGAAGUUUCCGUUUGCCAAGCUUCUUGCCCUCCUUCACACCACCCAGGGGCAUGAAAAUCAAUUGUUGAGCGAUCUCUCCACCGCCGAAACUUCUCUCGCCGGUGUGGACGCGUUGCUUCCACAGAAGAGUCUCGAAGCCGCGUGUGUGGUGUUGAUCAACGUGUGCUCGACCGCCAUUGCCGUCCUCCCUCUUAAAUCGGCCAAAGCUCUUCGUGCGUGCGUAUACUUCAACUUGGGACUCGCAUACUUGGAAGCAUUCAACUACACCAAAACCGCUGUUUACAGAGACUCCGCGAUCAAGACGCUCAGGAAAGCUAUCACCUUGGAGACUAACAAUCCAUCCUUCUGGACUGCCUUGGGUAAUGCAUCCUUGUCUGUGAAUCCGCGUAUCUCCCAGCACUGCUUUAUCAAGGCCUGUACGUAUGCGCCGCGCGACCCCGUCAUCUGGACGAAUUUGGCUGCCCUUUAUCUCAGAUACGGUGAUGCCGACUUGGCGGAAGAAACCUUCAAGCGUGCUCAGUCGAUCGCUCCAGAACAGUCGCAGUCGUGGUCGGGGCACGCUUUGACGGCCGAGGCAAAGGGAGACACCGACUUGGCAAACCGCUUGUCCACGCAUUCGUACGUGUUGUCCAACGGCCGCUCCCCGUUGGCGCACUUGCUCUUCGGGCACACCAUCUUUCAAAGGCGAAUGGGCAAGGGCGAUGAUGCCAGGGACGUGGUGGCGGGCCAAGAGUUGAGUAACGCCCACCACGCCAUGUUGGACUACUUAAAGUCCUACCCGAACGACCCGCUCGGAUUGGCCUUGGCGUUGUCCAUUGUUGAAAGGUGCGGUGACUAUGAUACUGGGGUGGCCCUUGGGGAGAAGUUGUCCAGCCUUUUGGAAGCACAAUACGAGGAGAACGAUAGCCAGAGCAUUUUGUUUCAGAUUGCCAAGGUGAAGACCCAGUUGGCGAGAUUGUACUUGGGCCAGGAAAACUUCGAGUCCGCCCUCGAACACGCCCAGUUUGUGCUUGAUAUCUGUGAAGACAACUCCGCAGAGGCCUUGAAAUGUGUCUUGUCUUCUCGAGUAGUGAUUGGCCUCUGCUUCUUCUUCAACGACGGCUUUGACGAAUCAUUGGAGCAGUUGAAGACGAUUUUGUCGCAGUCGCCAGAGUCUCAGCGCUUAGUGGUGUUAAUUGCGCAGAUUUUGUACGCUUACAACGACGAGGAGACCAAGCAAGCAGCGUUGGAUCAGUUGUUUUCGUAUAUCGAGGAGUUUGGCUCGUCGCUCAUGGUUGCGUUGACCAUCGGUGCGAUUUGUGUCAACGAAAACUUGGCAGACUACCUUCCUGCUAUUAAAGAGGAGUUGUGCAACUUGCCUCUUGCUAAAUUGAGCAGUGACAGCUUCAGAUCUGUUCCGAGCUUGCUCUCCGAGAUUAAUGCGAGAUUGGAAGUAAAGACACAGGUCUGGCAAAGAAGUGGUUUCUUGUUUCCCCACGACAACAAGAUCUGGGCGAAGCUUGAUAAGAAUAUGAGCUUGCAAACGGCUCUCAUCUCGGCCAAGGUCCAUUCAGCUGAAUUGAGUGAGACGUAUAUUAAAGUGGGUACGAUGAGAGAGAUCCAGAGAGGGUUGUUCUUGUCCCCUGGCGCCCCAGCCGGGUUGUUGGCCCUCAAGGGGUGUGUAACUUAACGCAACAAAGAUUUUAUAUUGAAGGGAAGUAACUUUAGGUGCUUUGCGUUUGUUAGGCAAUUGGUGUAGAUCUAACUUUAGGCGUAAACCACAAAGAGGAGGAACAUUACAUAAUCUAUCUAAUGGUUAAAGCCUCCACAGUACGGAAGGAAAGCGUUGCAAGCCGGUGGAGGCCAUUGACGAGGUGCAACUGGUUAUAGUUUACCUUAAACCAGUCACUUGAAAGCCUUUUGAAUAUUUUGUGAUAGCAAAGUAUUUUUGUACGGUGC